GUCGGCGCGGGUGCUGAAAUCGUUCCGGGUUGUUUUUAUUUAUUACACACACAUUUAUAAACAUAUAGUAUAUAUAUAUACACGCACGCAUAAAUAAAUAUAAAUCGAUCAUUUUUUGUUGUUGCGAUUUUAAAAGUACAAUUGUUUUCAACAUUUUAUUAUAAUUGUAUCGUGAAACCAGUCUAUCCGAAACCAACAGCGUUCACUUGAAAAACACACACGUAGAAAUGGGCGUUUACUCGGUAGCAUCUUCGAUCCUCCAAGGACCGUCUGUCCCGAUAAACAAUGACAUCCAACUGCAUAGAUUGUUCGAACGGAACGAAAAAGUUUAUCCAGAACACAUGGCUGUAAUGCACGGAGAACUUGGACAACCUUCCGUACGGCUUAACUUCACGGAACUAAAUGCCAUAUCUAAUCAAUUGGCCAGAGGAAUCAUCGCACGUGCUGGCCCUAAAAACAACGACGACGACUUUGUAGUGGCCGUUCAACUUCCUCCGGGUGACGGACUAAUUGCUACCCUGUUGGCCAUUUGGAAAGCUGGAGCCGCUUAUUUGCCAUUCGACGUAGCAGCGCCACGACACCGGAUCCAACACGUAAUUGACGAGGCUAAGCCAUGUUUAGUGAUCACCUGUACACCAGAAGCCGAAGUUUAUGGCAACAAAUCUCACAUCGUAUACAGCCUUAAACAAUUGAAGAGCCAGUCUAUUACGCUUUCCGCAUCCAACUUAGAGGACCGUGAAACACUAGUAGGCUACGUUGAUGGUAGAAGACCAGCAACAAUAAUUUACACGAGUGGCAGCACAGGAACGCCUAAAGGCGUGAGACUUCCGCAUUGUGUAAUUUUCAAUCGAUUGAACUGGCAAUGGAACCGGUUCCCUUACAGUGAUACAGAACAUAUGUGCGUUUUCAAGACUUCGUUGACAUUCGUGGAUUCGGUGGCAGAAAUUUGGGCUCCAUUGUUACAUGACGCACCUAGAUGCCUGAUGGUAAUUCCCAAGGCCAUCACCAAAGAUCCAGAACGGUUGAUCAAUAUACUUCACGAAAACAAGAUUGAACGUUUAGUAUUGGUACCAUCACUAUUACGUGCCAUAUUAUUAUACUUGGGAAUUUCUAACAACAACGAACAACAAUCUUCUAUGACAAAUCAAAAUGACGAACGGGGAAUUCUAUCAAGUUUGAAGUUGUGGGUGUGUAGCGGAGAACCUCUACCAGUAUCAUUAGCCAAACAAUUUUUGGACACUUUUUCUGGUCAUACGCUAUGUAACUUUUAUGGAAGCACGGAAAUCAUGGCAGACGUGUCAUACUAUGCCAUAAAGUCAUUCAAAGAUUUGUGUUUUGGUGACAAAAUUCCCAUUGGUAUUCCCGUAGACAAUACGACUCUAUAUUUAUUGAACAAUAAAGGCCAGAUAGUGGAACCCGGAUGUUUGGGUGAGUUGUACGUGGCCGGAGCAAACUUGGCCAGCGGUUAUGUCAACAACCGUGACCCACACCGAUUCGUAAAAAACUGUCAUCCAUACGACCAAGGCUUGGGCAUGGAGCGUAUGUACCAGACAGGAGACUAUGGGAAAGUAGUAAAUGGCGUGCUGUUGUAUGAGGGCAGAACCGAUUCACAAAUCAAAGUCAGAGGACAUCGAGUCGAUUUGAAUGAAGUCGAAACGGCCAUUCAUCAGCUGCAGGACUCGGGAAUCGACAAAUUGACCGUACAAUGCUACAAACCUGGCGAAACAGAACAGGCUUUGUUGGCGUUCGUCGUGUUCGAUAGUAAUACCAAAAUGACGGCCACGGACGUAGAAGAUCGACUGAAAAACACACUGCCGGAAUACGCUUUGCCACAAGUGGUUUCAAUCGAAUCCAUGCCGUAUCUCGUGAACGGAAAAAUCGACAGACAGACAUUAUUGCGCCAAUACUCUGAAAUAUCUGUGUCGGACAUUUGCAAAGAAUCGAAAAUUGACUACACUGACGUCGAUGCGAGCCAAAUGGAAACUGCUAAAUACCUGUUCGAGACCGUAUCCAGCGUGCUAGGAAGUUCGCUGCGGUCACACAUCUCGCCGGCCGCAAACUUUUUCGCACUCGGUGGCAACUCAUUGAACGCCAUUUACACCAUAAGUAAACUAGCCGACCUAGGAUAUUUUAUAGCCGUCAGUGAUUUUAUAACAGCGCCCAAGUUUGGUAUUGUUAUUAACAAAAUGAGAUUUAGUGGUAAACGAAAGGCAUGUUGUAACGACGAAGAAUGGCUCUCUGACAAAUAUACCAGACAAAUGCUCGAACCUAAGCACAAAAAUGAUGUGAUCAAGAUAAUUGCAGGCAGUUUCUACGAAAAAGCAGAUCUCGAAAGCUGGAUCGUGUCAAAGGUGCCCUACAGCGAGUACACCGAAGUUCUUGAAUUACUAUGGGAGCCACUGCUGGAAAAAAAUUUGAGUUUUGUAGUGCAAUCCAAAGAGUCCAAUAAAUUAAUAGGAGCAGCGUUAAAUUUCGAUGCUCUAGACGAACCUGACAUAGAGUUUAACGGUCGUUUAACAAUGAUUUUUGAGUUCCUCGAAUUCCUCGAAGGUCCCAUAAGGAGAGAUCAUCUGCCUAAAACUAAAGGCAGUAUAUUGCAUAGUUUUAUGAUGGGCACGGACAAAAACCUAGACGCACCAACCAAUGUUGAAGUCAUAACAUACAUGGAACAAGAAGUCUUACGGUUGGGAAAAACCAAUGGAUUUGAAGGCAUAUUCACAACAAACACUAAUCCUUUAACACAACAACUUGGAGCCAACGUAUUUGGUUAUAAAAUACUUCAUGAUUACCAGAUUAAUAAUUAUGUAACACCUGAUGGUAACAAAAUAUUUGGAGAAGCUCCAGACGACCAGAGAGCAAUAUGUUGUUGGAAAGUUAUACAAUAAAGGUUAAAAAAUUAGGGUGUAUUUAUUUUUAACGUUCAUUAGUCUUGUAAUGUAUUUAUUCGUUUGUAGAUUUUAGGAUUGUUAUGU